GUGUUUGUCCCGCCCCUCGGACGAACCCACUUCAUUUUAAACAAAAUGUCGAAGACACUACAGUCGUUUACCCCGAAGCCUUGGGGUCUCCUCUGGGGCGUUUGUUUCUCGAAGGUCUUUGAGUCUCGCUGAGCCGGAGGAAUUAGGGAGAUACGAGUGGUGAGGAAGCUCGGAACGAUUCCUUCGCGGAACCAUUGAGGCGAGGCCUCGGGGAGCACUUUGAGGAACGAACCGCGGCAGGCCCGGCCAGACUGGCAGGGAUGGAGACGGCCGAUGCGGGGCUGGGGACCGCUGUCCCCGUGGAGCUGCGGCGCGAGCGGCGCAUGGUGUGCGUGGAGUACCCGGGCGUGGUGCGCGAUGUGGCUAAGAUGCUACAGACUCUGGGCGGCGAGGAAGGCGUCUCCCGGAUCUACGCAGACCCCACCAAGAGGCUGGAGCUGUACUUCCGGCCCAAGGACCCAUACUGCCAUCCUGUGUGUGCCAACCGCUUCAGCACCAGCAGCCUGCUGCUCCGCAUCAGGAAGAAGACAAGGCGGCGGAAGGGGGCACCAGGUGCCGAGGCCCCCACCAAGGUCACAUUUGACAUAGAGAUCCUGGGCAUCAUCUCCACCAUUUACAAGUUUCAGGGAAUGUCUGACUUCCAGUACCUGGCCGUGCACACAGAGGCGGAUGGCAGGCACACGUCGAUGUAUGACAAAGUGCUCAUGCUGCGACCCGAGAAGGAGGCCUUCUUCCACCAGGAGCUGCCGCUCUACAUCCCCCCUCCCAUCUUCUCCCGGCUGGAUGCCCCAGUGGACUACUUCUACCGACCAGAGACGCAGCACCGGGAAGGCUACAACAACCCCACCAUCUCAGGGGAGAACUUGAUCGGCUUGAGUAGGGCCCGGCGCCCCCACAACGCCAUCUUUGUCAACUUCGAGGAUGAUGAGGUGCCCAUGCGGCCGCUGGAGGCUGCAGUCCAGACGUGGAAGAGAGUGUGCACCAACCCCAUAGACCAGAAAGUGGAGGAGGAGCUGAAGAAGCUUUUCGACAUCCGUCCCAUCUGGUCCCGGAACGCAGUCAAGGCCAACAUCAGCGUCCACCCAGACAAGCUCAAGGUCUUGCUCCCCUUCAUGGCCUACUACAUGAUAACAGGCCCAUGGCGCAGCCUGUGGAUUCGCUUUGGGUACGAUCCCCGGAAAAACCCAGAUGCCAAGAUCUAUCAAGUCCUUGAUUUCCGAAUCCGUUGUGGAAUGAAACAUGGUUACGCCCCCAGUGACCUGCCUGUGAAAGCAAAGCGCAGCACCUACAACUACAGCCUCCCCAUCACUGUCAAGAAGACGCCCAGCCAGCUGGCCGCCAUGCACGACCUGAAGCAGGGCCUGGGCCCGUCGGGGCCACCUGGUGUUCGGAAGCCAGCCUCCAACAAGUACAAGCUCAAGGUGGGUGUCCCGGGGACCCAGGAGAGAGACUCGGUCUACAUCUUCCGGGAAGGGGCCCUGCCGCCCUACCGACAGAUGUUCUACCAAUUAUGCGACUUGAACGUGGAAGAGUUGCAGAAGAUCAUUCACCGCAAUGACGGGGCGGAGAACUCGUGCACAGAACGGGAUGGGUGGUGCAUCCCCAAGACCAGCGACGAGCUGAGAGACACCAUGUCCCUCAUGAUCAGGCAGACCAUCCGCUCCAAGAGGCCUGCUCUCUUCUCCAGCCCAGCCAAGGCCGAUGGGGGGAAGGAGCCGCUGACGGAUGAGUCCGGGGAAGACGAGGAGGAUGAUGACGAGGAGGAGGAAGAAGAGGAGGACUUCAAGCCGUCGGACGGCAGCGAGAAUGAGAUGGAGACGGAGAUUCUGGAUUACGUGUGACGGGGCCCUGGGCCCAAGGAUGGGCCUUCCCAACUGGGCCAGACUGGGUCCUGCCUGACGAGCAGGCCAGAGCGCCCAGUGCCACCCACAGUGGCCAGAGUGGCCCUAGAAGGCCCCUCUGAGGAAAGCUGGGAUCCUAGCAAGUGUGCAGCUGACAUUGGCCCUGGCUGUGACCCACUGCUCAGUGCUGCCCUCUGGCCCUGUGGGGUUGGGGCCAUCCCCAAAGGUUGUGCUGUGGCUCCACACACCCAUGAGCCUGCCCACGCUGAGCCACACCCACUGCCUCUUGGGCUGAGACCGGCAGAGCUGGAGGUGGAGAUGGUGCAGCGGGGCAGGGUGGGAGUGGUGUGGCUCUUGUGACCCUCCUGGCAGAGAUGGCCUGAGGAGCCUGGCCCAUGGUCACACGUGGCCAAAGACUGUCCUUGGCUUUGGACCCUCCAUUUGGCACAGCUUUGGCAAAGGCCGUCCCAGCUGGAGUUGUCCUUAUUAAGUCCCAUAGAGUCUUUGUUUCUUAGUUCCAGUUCGAGUGGUGAAGCCACAGGGAAGUUUCCUCUUGUUUUGGGGGCUUGGGCUGUCUUAUUGCCUUCAUUUGUUCCUUCGUUCAUUCAGUGAGAUGCUGACAGUGCUGGCAAGUGCCCCGCACCUCCAGUCAGGUGGGGCGAGGGCAGCUAGGAAUAACCCCAGGCUUGGACUCGUUUCUUCUCCAAAUGGAUGCGUUCUUGACAGGUUCAUGGGAAACAGGCCCUGCCCGCUCAUGGCCUCCCAGUGUGACCCACAGAGGUUCCCGUGUCCCCAAGCCUGCUUCCCUGGAGAGCAGUCAGUGCUGCCUCCUCCCACGCCCUUGGGGCAGCAGCACCAUGAACCUGUGGCCACUUAGUGACCCUAAGUCCUUUCAGCAGCUUGGCGUACAUUAAUUGUAGAGCCACAUGCCUCAGGCAAGCCCCAUCCUACUGACCAGCCUCUAGGAAGCCCCCUUCUCUUUACAAGAUAAGGACCCAGUGACUCCGUCAGCCUGGCAGUGCCAGUCGUAGGGACCCACCUUGUAGGAGAGAGGUAGACCAGGCUCACCUGCUCUGAUGACCCUGCUGCCCGUGAUGUAUCUGGCUGAUGUGGCUCCUAUGUCUCCUUGAGUCUGUGGCAGACCUCCCCCAACCUCUGUGUGUGUGCCAUUCAUUUGUUGCAGAAACAAGGUCAUUGUCCUAUAGAAAGUCCAUGUUCGGGAUUGGCUGGUUGCUUCCGUGUGGUUUUGAACAUGCCUUUCUUUCCCCUGUAUUUCCUGUGAACUGGAGGAGACUUGGCCAGGUUCAAGUUCAAGGCCCCUUCCUAAGCUGCAUCCAGUCGGGAGGCACAGGAUGUCUCCCUUUGGGGGACCAGCUGCUCUUCUUGCUUGGUGGGAAAAUAGUGUUUCAAGACCCCAGUUUGGGCACUGGGGCAGUAUUUGCUUCUGAGUUUUCAUUACUGCUAGGGCUUUUGAAUAGACAGAGCCAGAAAAUAAGUAUUUUUUUGCAAAGAAAAAAUAAAUUUUGAGUUCAUACAGAUAUUUCCCAUUUAAAAUGUAAGAUUACAGAUUUUUGCUUCUCUGAUUUUACAUUUGUUUCUUUUUCUACCUAUGCUGAAAAUCUUGAUUCCUGCAUAAUUCCAGCAUAAUUGCUUAUUUUCUUUUUCUUAUACAUAUGCUAGUUUCAAAAUAGAAG